AUCAUUAAAGGUCAGAAGUCGAGAAGGUGGUUGACAAUUCACGCACGCCAACGCCAUACUAGAAUUAAUUCCGACAUCCCAAGCCAAUUAAUUAAGGGUUGAUUAGUGAUUGCAACACCACAACCUCAAAGUAUCCUUACUUUUAUUCUCCAAAUCAUCUAAAUCUAAUCGAUCAUCUCCCAAAAUAUCCUUACUUUUAUUAUUGUGUACCACACCAGAAACAAAUAUUCACAAAAAUGGUGGGGAAGAAGAGUAAUAUGAUGAGGCCAUGUUGCUGUGCCUGUGUGGUGUUAGUUUGCAUGAUUCUGGUGGGAAGUGCUUGGGGACAGAGUGCUACAAAUGUCAGAUCCACAUACCACCUGUACAACCCGCAGCAGAACAACUGGGACUUGCGGGCUGUAAGUGCCUACUGCACCACAUGGGAUGCCGAUCAGCCCUUUGCAUGGCGCAGCAAAUAUGGCUGGACUGCCUUCUGCGGCCCCGUUGGCCCUACCGGACAAGAUGCUUGUGGAAAGUGCCUCUUGGUGACAAACACUAGGACAGGAGAUCAAGUAACAGUGAGGAUUGUGGAUCAGUGCAGCAACGGAGGCUUAGACUUGGACGUGAAUGUGUUUAACCAAAUUGACACCGACGGCAAUGGCAAUGCCCAAGGCCACCUUAUUGUCAACUACGACUUUGUUGACUGUGGUGACUAAAUUAUUCAAGCCUCUCCAUCUAAACCAGUAACACCCCCUAAUUAUUAAUUACCAGUUUUUAUAAAUAAGCUUCCUGAUGGAAUAAGUUGAAGUGCAAUUGCUUCUUCAAUAAUAACAAGUAUUAUAUAUGUGUUGAUAUCAAUGAUAUGCAACCUUCGACCUUAUGAAUAAAUGUGACCAUGGACAAGCUUCUUGUGGAGACUUGCAGCAGACUCUCUCUGGUGUAAUAGACUUGCAGCAUAUUGAUCCAACGAUUAAGUGAUAG